UGUAGUACGUAAGUUCUAAAUCUAUACAUGAAAAAAAAAUGAAAACGAUAUUCUAUAUGAUUGUGAUUGUGUGUUAUUAAGCCGCUUUUACACACAAACACGUAGACAAAAAUAAGCUUCGUAUCAUAUAUAUUAAAUAUUGCUGUGUGAAUGACAUAUUUGGUUAUGAAAUCUAUAUCGUGCACACAGGCGUUAUCAUAUAUCGUGUAACGUUCGUUGGCUCAUUUUAGAAUCGACUGCAAUCGACGAGUCCGAUUGAUCGAUAUAUGUAGUUUGGUGUGUGUGUGACGAGAUGUACUUGGAUGACAGCGCGUAUACUGACGCGCCUACAGAGCAUUUAGAUUCAAAGUAAAAUGAAAAGACGGGGCCGUCGUUUGAAAGUUCGAAGAACGAUCGAGUAACAUGUCCGCACAGUUUUCUGCGAGGUGGCCCUCACUGCUGGACUGUUAUAAUUAUCAUUUAAGUUUCGUUGUUACAUGUUCUAUAGGAGUGUAAGUACAUACGUUGAAUGUAUGGUGGCCUGUGAACGUGACGAGGUGAAGACGCGUGGAAAAGUUAGAGAGUAGCUAGAGUUUCGGGAGAGCUGACAAACAAGCGAACAAAGUUCGCGAGGAAAGUGAAAGACUGAGACCAAAGAACGUUCGAAGAUUCGAGUCAGAAUGGACGAAUGUAUGCUGAACGAUUUGUUGGAAUGCUCGGUAUGCCUCGAGCGAUUAGACACGUCGAGCAAAGUACUCCCCUGUCAGCACACCUUUUGCAAAAAAUGUUUGGAAGAAAUAGUUAGCACCCACCGUGAAUUACGGUGCCCCGAGUGUCGCAUUCUGGUUGAUGCCAAGGUGGAUGAUCUGCCUCCCAAUGUGCUGCUGAUGCGUAUUUUGGAAGGAAUGCGCAAUGCAGCUCCUAAAUCUACGAAAUCUGUAGCUAAAAGCAACCCAGGGCCUCAGAGACUGUUCGGUGGCCACCAGGUUACCUCGACUCCUAUUGUAACUACUAGUCCUACUCCUGCUACAUUGACGAACGAGCCAAUUCGACAUGGCAAUACAACAGCAAAACAAAUUCAACUACACAAUCAAACGUAUGGCCGAGCAAUUUAUGAUUAUGUGUCGAAAGUACCAGGGGACUUGUCAUUUAAGAAAGGCGAUAUCGUUAUCCUUCGUAAGAAAAUUGAUAAUAAUUGGUGUUUCGGGGAAAGUGCCAAUAGUCAUGGAGUUUUUCCUUUAUCUUACGUUCAGGUAAUCACGCCAUUAACACCAGAUGUUCCUCAGUGCAAAGCUUUGUAUGAUUUUAGAAUGACUAAUGAUGAUGAAGAUGGCUGUCUUACAUUUAACAAGGGUGAAAUUAUUAAUGUUAUUAGAAGAGUUGAUGAAAAUUGGGCAGAAGGAAAGCUUUUGGAUAGAAUUGGUAUCUUUCCAUUGGCUUUUGUAGAACUGAAUAGCGUGGCAAGAGCUUUAAUGAAACUAUCAACAAAUACACAACCAGGUCCAUCGAGAGUGGCACCUCCUACUCCCACUAAUGAAGAAACCACGCUCUUAAUACCAACUGAUCAUUCACGUAAUUUACAAACAAAUCAGUCGCGACCUCAACUUGUACAGCAGAACACAAUUUUACCAGUCUCUGACUCCAUUUCAAAUGUAUCAUCAGGAGGUAGUUCUUCAACUACUACCCCAAACACUCCUAAUAGUUCAACUACAUCUAGCGGUUCCAGUACUGCUCCAAGUAGUCCUAGUAGUCCAGCAACAUCUCCUCCUGCAGUUGGAAAUAGACAUAGUAUUAAGCGUCACAGUUUUACUGCUGUUAAUACUGGCCAUCAGGCUCAUCCACAUCAUAGACACAGUGCUGAAAUACUUAGUCCUCCAUUAGAUAAUGCCAUUGGUAAUAGCAAUAGUAAUAGCAGUAAUGAUUCAUUCUCUCCACUACAGACAAAUACCAGCAUCGCAGAUCACAAUCUUCGUCAUAAGCGAAGUGGUAGUAGUGAUCUUGCUCUUGCACAAUCGUCACAAGGUUUAUCUACUACAACUGGAAAUACUCAUUUACCAGCCGCGUAUAUAGCACUGUAUCCGUAUAAACCUCAGAAAGCAGAUGAACUUGAGUUACGAAAAGGUGGCAUUUAUAUGGUAACGGAACGAUGUCAAGAUGGUUGGUUUAAAGGAACUUCUAAUCGUACACAAAAGUGUGGAGUCUUUCCAGGAAAUUAUGUUGCGCCUGCUAAAUGUCAACGUGGCUUGUGUCGAGGAUCACCAAAUACAGGACAACACCAAAAUUUUCCAUCUUCAACAAGUCAAAAUAGUAGUGACUCACGAAUAACUACGACUUAUACCAAAAAUAAGGGAUCAGCUCCUCAACCUUAUAAUUCACGGACAUUGUUACCUCCGGAAUUGCCACCACGUGCAAUUAGUCCGUCUUUUAUGGUAUCAUCAUCUUGGCAUGGUCAAAGUCAAACACAAAGUCAAGAAAAUAGUCCUCCCCGAUAUAAGGAACAAAAUUCAGCAAAUCCUCUUGGACGUAGUCACAGUGCUGUUAUGUCACCAAACAUUUCUUCUCCUGGAAAACAGGUAACUUUACCACAGUCGUUAAUGACUACAACUACAACCACUGGUGUCAACAAUAGUAGUAGUAUUGUUACUGGUGCCACUUCUUCUAUAAUAAAUGAAAUGAAUAAAAAUCCAAAUACUAUUUUACACGCUAUGUCUUCUCCUUCUUCUGCCGCAUCUGUUUCUGCACCUAAAAACACUGAAAAGCAAAAGGAAAAAAAAGAUAAAUGUGUUUCUUUGAUGCGUCGGUUAACGAAUAUUAAGAAAUCAAAAUCACCACCUCCUACGACAUAUUCUAUGGAUAAUCCUGUGUUUGAAGAUGGCAGUUCUAUUAAUCCAAUACAUGUUCGAUCGGGAUCUUGCCCAAGUCAGUUGCUACAGGUGGGAGCUACACAGGAAUUAAAUGCUUCAAACAACCACCAUCGUUUAUGUCCAGGCUCUGUGCAGGGACAUGUCACAUCUUCACAAAGACUUAAAUACAAGGAGAGACCAUCUUUACCGGUCUCAAUCCUCCAGAGAUCAAACGAAUCGGGUGUGAUGGCAUGUACACCAAUGGCAAAUCACCAUCGUAAGAGUAACUCAUUAGAUGCUGGCAUGGGAAAACAAGUGAAACAACAACCUACGCGCGAACGAGAGCGAGUAUACAGAUUUCGUUGUAUUGUGCCAUAUCCCCCUAAUAGUGAAUUUGAACUUGAACUCCGAGUAGGAGACAUUAUUUAUGUACACAAGAAACGUGAUGACGGCUGGUAUAAAGGCACUCAACAAAGAACUGGUCGUACAGGCCUUUUCCCAGCCAGUUUUGUCGAAGCUUUCUGAGAUACAGCGCAAAAUCAUUUUGUAUUAGAAACUUGUAUAUAAUACUGCACAAGCUUACGAUGACAUAUUGCACAUCAGUUUUCAGGUUUAUUAAAGGUAUAAUUGUUAAUAUGAAGGUAAGUGUACGCUCUAAAUUAUGAACUUAAUCGUAUUAGUACUAAAGGGUACUUUAACCACAUGCUGCGUAUACUAUGUAGUAUUACGUUUAUAUGUUUUCUUUUAUGAUUAUCGCAUAAAGAAUUAUACAAUGAAUGAAAUGUAAUGAAGUUGUUCAAAAUGGAUACUGCCAUUGAUGGUAUAUUCAAGACAAAUUAUUAAAACUGCUAAAGAAACAAGAGAUUAUAUUGCAUCAAUACUGCCAUUUGAACAAAAAUAAUCACGGAAAAAUAUACCGAUAUUGUUUUUUUAUUAAUAUGAUAUUGUUGAUGAACUUUUUAUUAUUGUGAGUUUAUGACAUUAUUUUAUAUAUCUACACUUGAAGUUUUCAUUCAUACGUAGUAAUUUGUUAAAAUAAGAUAAUUUGAUUUUUCAUGAAACUUAAAUUAUUAUUAAAUAUUGCAUACAUUUUUUUCAAUUUUAUACAGACAAUUGUUAUUUAAAUGCUAUUUUUUUUAAGAAAACGAUUGUUAUUGAGAUUUUACUUAAUUCCUUUGAGUUAUUUUUAAAAAAUUCAUACAAUAUAUUUUGUGGUGUUACUGCAAUUACAUAGACAUAAGAAAUUGUAUCAGUUUCUAUCUCAAUGUCAACUUUAAUAAACAUUUUCCUUCAUAGGCAUUUUUCUUAGGAAAAUAUAGUAAUUCAUAUUAUAGA